AUGGCCACAACACCAGCUGGUCGUAUGCUGGCACGCCAGUUGCAGCAAAUGCAACAGGACAAGGACAUUCCGGGAAUUAGCUGUGGGCUGGUGGAUAACAAUGUAUUCGAGUGGGAGGUUAUGCUCAUGAUUUCGGACGAUGUCAAGUUGUACGGCGGGGGUUUCUUCCGUGCUCGACUGUCUUUCCCUCCGGAGUAUCCGCACAUGCCGCCCAAAAUGAAGUUUGAAAGUCCCGUUUUUCACCCGAACAUCUAUCCCAACGGCGAGGUCUGCAUUUCCAUCCUUCACCCCCCGGAAGAAGACAAGUACGGCUACGAGUCCGCCGCCGAGCGCUGGUCCCCCGUUCAAACGCCCGAAACCAUCCUGCUGUCCGUCAUCUCUAUGCUCUCGAGUCCGAACGACGAAAGCCCAGCCAACGUUGAGGCCGCCCGGCUAUGGAGGGAAGACCCGGUCGAGUUCAAGAAAAGAGUCCGCAAGUGCGUCCGUGAGAGUUUGGGGGAGGAUUGA